UAGUAGCCUGCGAGAUGCCGGGUCUGCUGAACCAGAUCACAGGGGCGGCCCUGCCCCUCACCUCGUCCGACGUCACCUCCUUCGUCAGCGGUUAUGCUCUGGGGCUCACCGCUUCCCUCACCUAUGGCAACCUGGAAGCCCAGCCUUUCCAGGGCCUCUUCGUGUACCCCCUGGACGAGUACACCACGGUGAUCGGCUUUGAGGCGGUCAUCGGGGACCGCGUUGUGACGGUACAGAUCAAGGACAAAGCCAAAAUAGAGGGCGGCCACUUUGAGGCUACGGGCAUUCGAGCUGCGACCGUCACAGGUAAGAGGGCUGGAGGGGGACCACUCUGCAAACGUUCCAUUAUCCCUCCCUCCUGCCAACCAGGCAAGGUGGCUCUGGAUGAGGAUUUGGAGCGGAUCCUCUUUGUGGUCAACCUGGGGACCAUCGCCCCGAUGGAGAACGUCACCGUGUUCGUCAGCACCUCCUCGGAGCUCCCGACGCUGCCCAGCGGGGCUGUGCGGGUCCAGCUGCCUGCUGUCUGUGCCCCGACCGUGCCCCCGUUCUGCACGGAGAGCACCGGCUCCCCCAGCCAGCAGGUCCACGGCAGAGACAAGCACUGCUUUGGCAGCCAGGCCCUGGACUCCUGGAAUAGACUAUGCCUGUCGACUCUCCUGGACACCGACGUGUCCAACCCCAUGGAAUAUGAGUUCAACUUCCAGCUGGAGAUUCGUGGGCCCUGCCUGCUUGCAGGGGUGGAGAGUCCCACCCACGAGAUCCGAGCUGACGCCGCCCCUUCCGCAAGCUCGGCCGAGAGCAUCAUUGUCACCCUGGCCAACAGGCACACCUUCGACCGGCCCGUGGAGAUCCUCAUCCACCCCAGCGAGCCCCAUGUGCCGCAUGUGCUGAUGGAGAAAGGCGACAUGACCCUGGGGGAGUUUGACCAGCACCUGAAGGGAAGAGCAGAUUUCAUCAAAGGGAUGAAGAAGGACAGCAGCGCAGAGCGAAAGACAGAAAUCAUCCGGAAACGCCUUCACAAGGACAUCCCCCACCAUUCCGUCAUCAUGCUCAAUUUCUGCCCUGACCUCCAAUCGGCCCAGCCGAACCUGAGGAAGACCCGCGGGGAGUUUAUCUUCCUUGUUGACAGGAGUGGCAGUAUGAGUGGGACCAACAUCCAGUGCGUCAAGGAUGCCAUGCUGGUGGCUCUUAAGAGCCUCAUGCCAAGCUGCCUCUUCAACAUCAUUGGGUUUGGAUCCACAUUUAAAACCCUCUUCCCUUCCAGUCAGACCUACAGUGAGGAGAACUUGGCCAUGGCCUGUGAUAGCAUCCAGAAAAUGCGAGCUGACAUGGGUGGCACCAACAUCCUCUCCCCGCUCAAGUGGGUCAUCCGGCAGCCAGUGCUCCGAGGCUGCCCGAGGCUUCUCUUCCUGAUCACAGACGGCGCCGUCAACAACACCGGGAAGGUGCUGGAGCUGGUGCGAAACCAUGCCUUCUCCACCAGGUGCUAUAGCUUUGGAAUUGGACCCAACGUCUGCCACAGACUGGUGAAAGGGUUGGCAACUGUGUCCAAGGGCAGUGCUGAGUUCCUGGAGGAGGGGGAGCGGCUGCAACCCAAGAUGGUCAAAUCCCUGAAGAAGGCUAUGGCCCCGGUCCUGAGUGAUGUGACUGUGGAGUGGGUCUUCCCUGAGACCACCGAGGUCCUGAUCUCACCUGUCAGCACCAGCUCCCUCUUCCCCGGAGAACGGCUGGUGGGGUAUGGCAUUGUCUGUGAUGCCUCUUUAUACAUCUCCAAUCCUAGAACUGACAAGAGAAGACGAUACAGCAUGCUGCACUCUCAGGAGUCCGGCAGCUCUGUCUUCUACCACUCACAGGAUGAGGGGCCCAACCCAGACAGCGGGGACUGUGUCAGGAGCGUGGGGGCACCGUUCAGCCCGAGACAGGCCAAAGACACCCAGCCGUCCAGCGGGGACGCCACCCCCAAUCCCGGUCUAGACCUCUCCCAGCGACGGCGGGCAUAUAGCACCAACCAGAUCACCAACCAUAAGCCCACCCCAAGGACCCUCAUAGCCAGCGACCCCACAACGGCUACCAGGAGAUACCCACUGCGGAAAACCAGGCUGCAGGACCUCACCAACCAGACCAGCCUGGAUGCUCCGUGGUGGCAGAUUGAUUUGCAGCCCUUGCUGAAGGGUGGCCCAGACCUGAGCCAGGGUCCCAAACUCCGGGGCCCAGGGGCCCGCAGGCCCUCUCUACUGCCCCAAGGCUGCCAGCCCUUCCUACCCUCCAACCAGGAGACCCAGGCCUGGAGCCCCAUGAAAGAGCUGGAUCUUGGGUCCAAUUUGAAGCCUGCCUCAGAGAGCCGCAGCCCUGGGGACCUGGAGCCGUCCCAUCACCCCUCUGCCUUCGCGACGGAGACGUCCUCCGACUGGGAGCCCCUGGCCGAGUCUGAGGAGCGGGCCAGCCCCAGCAGGCCCGUCACCCCAGGCCCCGUGCUGGGUAAGGCCGUGGUCAAGGGCCUGCGGGACAGCCAGCAUUUGCAGUGGGAAGUGAGCUUCGAGCUGGGGCCUCCCGGCCCCGAGAGGGGCAGCGCGCAAGAGCCCGACCUGUGGAGCGAGACCUUCCACCACCUGGCGGCGCGCGCCAUCAUCCGGGAUUUUGAGCAGCUGGCGGAGCGAGAGGGUGAGAUUGAGCAAGGGUCCAGCCGCCGCUACCAGGUGAAUGCCAUGCACACCAGCAAGGCCUGCAACGUCAUCAGCAAGUACACAGCCUUUGUGCCCGUGGACAUAAACAAGAGCCGUUACCUGCCCACCGUGGUGGGAUACCCCAACUCCGGUGCUGCGUUGCGGAUGGUCAGCUCUCGGGUCCUGACUCGACAGUGGAAGGGCACUUCUGGAUUCAGGCGAUCCCAGACCACGCUUGGCGAAGACUCAGCUGCAGGGGACAGCAAGUAUCAGAAUCUAAGUAAGAACUGCCUCGAUGUGUGUGAAGGGGAGGGCCGGGUAGCUCAGGCCUCACUGGCUCCCUCUGUUGUAGACGUGGAGGAAAGUGCCCUGACGCCCUUCAGUGAGAACAUGGCCCGCGAGAAGUACCCUACUCCUGAAGGUCCCCUGCGAGGUUUGGCCACCAACACCCUUUCUUCCUUGAAGGCCUCAGACACUCUGUUUGGAUCCAGGCUGAGUCUCAACAAGUCUAGGCUGUUGACACGAGCGGCCAAGGGCUUCCUGGGCAAACCGCUGAGCAAGACUCCAGACUCAGCCCAGGGGAACCAGAGCUCUGACUACAUCCUGCUGGUGUCUCUGCAGCUGGCUUCCGGGGCCUUCCUGCUCAACCAAGCCUUCUGCGAGGCCAUCCGCGUCCCCAUGGAGAAGCUCAAGUGGACCUCGCCCUUCACCUGCCACCGGGUGUCACUCACCGCCCGCCAGCCCCCGAGUCCCCAGCCGUGCGCCAGCCCCGCGCCCCUGCACCCCUCCCGCGAAGGCCUCUCCCAGGAGCCCCUGGCUGAGGGCAGGCCGGGCCAGGAGCCCAGGGCCGUGGUGGAGCACAUGGGGAAGCUGUGGGCCACCGUGGUGGCGCUGGCGUGGCUGGAGCACAGCUCCGCCUCCUACUUCGUUGAGUGGGAGCUAGUGGCCGCCAAGGCCAGCUCGUGGCUGGAACAGCAGGAGGUGCCCGAGGGCCGCACGCAGGGCACACUCAAGGCUGCCGCCCGCCAGCUGUUCGUACUCCUGCGGCACUGGGACGAGAACCUGGAAUUCAAUAUGCUCUGCUAUAACCCGAAUUAUGUGUAGGGGGCGAUGGGGAGGCUGGGGAGGCGCGGGAGAGUGAGGGGAACCCCGUGGGCCUGGUAAGCGGCACUCUUGAAAACUAUAGCCA